GUCCGUUUUAUUUUACUUGUAUCUCCUUCUGCUGUCACCGUGAUCAGAGGCGCCUGAACUAUUACUGUUAUGCUCGCCAAACACAUUCGCUGGAUUGCGCUGUUUAAACCGUUGUGCACAAUCAGACGGGAACACGUGCACUUCUCCAUGAAAAGAUGCAGCACUACACUGCGUGUGUGUUUGUUCUCGUUGAGCUGAUGUGCGAGACCAGGAAGAACGGAGAGGAGGAGGCCGGAUGACGUGAAGAUGACUCCGCUUUGAAACAUGGUGCCUAUGAACACCUAACAUACUCACUGCGCCUUCUGGGAGGAGAGGUAAACUGCUACAGUGGUAUAAUGUGGCUGAGCAGGAGGCAUCUGGGCAUUGGACCACUGAGGAGAUGGCAUGGGAAAUGCCAAGGGGUUUCCUCCGAAACCCGCGUCCCUAACCUAUGGCAGGAUGUAAGUCUGAACCAUACUUCAAGUAAAUGCUACAGUAUAAGUUACCAGAGAAGAAAGACCUUUGUUCUGAAUUGGAAACAAUGUUCAGCUCAUUCAUCAUGGAAGCAGCUGGUGGAGGCCCCAGGGUUCUUCUCUGCUGGUUCCAUCUUCCGUCCUUGGGGUUCCAGUGCCGCCGAUACAGACCCUAUUGAGAUCCACAAGGAUCGGUUGACUCUGUGGUUCAGUCAUUUGCCUCAGGAAGAGAAGCAGUUUGGAGGGUACUUUUCUUCAGAGACCAUGCACGUGGAACCACUCAUUCUAGAGAGGAAGCCUGCAGAGAGCAGGGGUGUUCAGAAGGCCCAUAUCUCGUAUUACCCCUCCCUGAGCAUGGAGCAGCUCUUUGAAACCUCAGCUAAAGAUGGUGCUGAGUGUGGGCUCAAUGUGUUAAUGUAUGGAGCUGUUGGGACCGGAAAAAGCACGGCAGUGCGCAAGCUAGUGCUUGACUGGUGUUCUGGCUCCAUCCUCUCCCAAUUUAAAUUGGUGAUUCCCUUCUCCUGUGAAGAUCUCUUUCAGUCAACCAAGCCCACCUCCUUACGCGACCUAGUGGGCAAGAAGUACCUACACCUUCGGCGCACACCGUAUCUCAGUGGAGAAGGCCACCAGGCUCGGGAUGUACUCUUCAUCUUUAAUGGUAUGGAAAGGAUGAAGCUGAACUUUCGCAUUGCGUCCACUGAGCUUUGCAGUGACCCCAACGAGCCUCUUCCUACUUGGGCCAUCAUGGUCAAUCUCCUGAGGAAGUAUCUCCUCCCUGAGGCUAGCAUAUUGGUGACUACCAGAUUGUCAGCUGUGGACCACAUCCCAAAGAAGUAUGUGGACCGCUAUGUGCAGAUUUGUGGAUUCAACAACCCAGACCGGCAGAGGUCAUACUUCACAAGCAGACUACUGCAGCAGUCUGCAGAGAAGCUCAACCCAGAGGCAGAAUCGCUGAUUGAACUGCUCUACCUCAACCUGCAGAGGGAGAGUCAGCUGGCUGCUGCCUGUUUCCUGCCAUCUUACUGUUGGCUGACUUGUGCCACCCUCCACUUCCUCCACUUUACCGACACCCAAGCUCCCAUCCGUACCCUCACUGGCAUCUACACUAGCUUUCUUCGACUUAACUUUGGUGGAGAGGUGCUAGAAGCUGCCUCCAGUAGCACGAGCGAUCAGCAGACCUCUCUGAUGCUGUACGUGGUGCGGACAGUUGGCAAGCUGGCUUUUGAUGGUGUCAAAAACAAACGGACACGCUUCUCUGAGGAGGAGCUGGAACAGUGGGUUGGUGGUAAAACCAAAACAGAUGAGGAGCUGCAGCAGCUGGCCGUAUUCCGUACUGAUGUGCUGGCAUUCUUCUUGGUGCCCUGUGUGGAGAGCAUCAAGCCUCAGGAAGCCGGUGAAGAAGUUGAGCGUCGCUAUGUGUUUGCUGUGCCUGCCAUGCAAGAAUACCUUGCUGCUCUCUACGUGGUGCUGGGUGAAAAUAAGACCCUCGUGGAGAAGCUGAGCCGGGAAGUUUCCCAGGCAGUGGGGCAGGCUGGGGAGGACCUGACCAGCCUGGUGACCAUCCUCUCCAAGUUCAUUCCCAUUAGAAUUUUUGCCAUUUUCAAUCUUCUCCGGCUAGUGCCUAGUCUCUUUGAGCGCAUCAUCAACCUUACAAAGGGCCGCAUUGCUCGCACCAUGGCAGCUGAGAUGUUCCGCUCAGAGGACAGCUUUAAUGAGGACGUGCUGGACCAGGUGGAGCAGAGCCUGCUGGGUGUGCAGGGCCCUGCCCCCCAGCAGCAGUCAGACCAAAAGCCCUUUGAGCUUUACCCCAUCUUUAUGGGUGGCCUGCUGCACUAUGGCAACCGGGCACUUUUGGAGCAGCUGGGCUGCCGAAUCACCAGCACAGUUGUGUCGCAGAUCACGCAUGCCCUCAGCCGCUACCUGGUACGAGAGAGUCGCAAGGCGCAGCCUCCAGCUGAGUUAAUGGAUCUUCUCGUUUUUCUAUAUGAGUUCCAGAACCCUCGUCUCACUGCUCAGGUGCUGGGCUCCCUCAGAGUCAUUAACUUAUCCACCGUACGCAUGACGCCCCUCAAGUGCUUUGUCCUGAGCUCGGUGCUCAGCUGCACCCCUCCCAGGCACCUGCUGAAUGAGCUCAACCUAUCUUCAUGCCAUCUUACCCAGGAGCUGUUGGAGAUGUUGAGACCAGCCUUCCUUCGCACCCGAAGGUUGAAUCUCCAGUUUAACAGCCUGGGUCCUGGAUCCUGCAAUAUCCUGAAAGAUAUCCUGCUUGAUCCAAGCUGUGCAAUUAAAUCCUUGCAGUUAUGUGACAAUGAGUUGCUGGAGUCAGGUGCAAAGAGCCUGCUGGAAGCCUUGCCAGAGAACCGCUCGUUGCGUCGGCUGGACCUCAUGCAUACAGGCCUGGGCGACAGCGGCGCCAUUCAACUGGCUGAGAAGCUGAGCUCCCACUCAGGACUGGAGGAGCUCAACGUGGCCUACAACCAGAUUGGAGACACUGCUGCCCUGCAGUUGGUGGAGGCCUGUAGGGAGCACCCUAGCAUACACACUGUGCACCUGUACCUCAACCAGCUGAGUGAGGUGGGGAAGCAGUCUUUGUACAUCAACAGCAGCACAUCUGGCUCCUCUCACAAAGUAAAGGUUCUGGCCUCGGUGACGGAGGGUGCGGACUUGUCCAAAGACUGGCACCCAAUCUUGAGUGUGAUCCGCGAGAAUGCCACUUCCUGGGAGCGAGCCAGAGUGUGUGAGCAGCUGCGGAUCUUCCUCCGAGAACUUGAAUUGGGCCGGCGGCAGCAGUACAACAUCCUGAAGAAGCUGCACUUCCUGCGGGUAGAGAGGGGCGUGAGGGCAUGCCUACGCAUGUUGGAGAGUGGCUCCCCUAAAAGCUGAGGCUGGACAACAAGCAUAAAAGUAGUGAGGAGCAACAUACUGUUACUGUCCAGGAAGUCCCUCUUUAACUCUUUCAUUUUCUUAAAUAUGUUAAUAUUAACCCCUCAUAUAAAAUCACACACAC